UUAAAACAUAAACAGGAAGUGAUUGUUAUCGUGCGUCUGUCAGGAUCAGAGGAGGGCGAGGUCAGCGUGGUGGCGUCUCAGGUUCAGGGUUACGGCGUCUGGGACGGGGGCGUGGCCAGGGGCGGGACUCUGCUGGCCGGUUGGAAAGGCCCCGCCCCCUCGCUGCUCUUCCUGAGGGUGAGUGACGCUCAGGCCAACGUCCUGCAGAGGGAGCUGACCGCCAUCCAGAGCGCCGCCCAGAGCGCCGCCCAGAGCGCGUCAGGUCCGGUGUGCUCCUUCCUCCUGCUGGUGCUGAAGGAGCAGCUGCAGGAGCUCCAGGCCGCCCUUCUGGCCUCCAUACUGGACAUGGAGGAGUACAGGAGGGGCUGCUCCUCCUCUGCUGGACCCUCCUCCCCUCUGGACUGGACCGACGGCCUGCUGCUCCUCCACAGCUGCCCUCCUCCUCUGGACCAGCACCUCCUGGGACUGCUGGGACACUCUGCGGUGAGAGCCAGUCUGAGGAGGAAGACGGGCUCCGGUCUGCAGCAGCUCCCCUCCAGGUUGAUCCAGUACCCGGCUCCUCCCUCCAAAGGACGGAUCACCGUCACUAAGGAGGACCUGGCCUGUCUGAGAGGAGGAGAGUUCCUCAACGAUGUCAUCAUCGACUUCUACCUCAAGUUCCUCCUCCUGGAGGGAGUGGGAGGCUCGGUGCCUGAGAGGAGUCACGUCUUCAGCAGUUUCUUCUACAAACAGCUGAGCAGACGGCGAGCCGCCGGAGAGGACGACGCCCCCUCCGUCCCAGACCGACACGUGAGGCAUCAGAGGGUGAAGACGUGGACGCGGCAAGUCGACAUCUUUGCCAAAGACUUCCUGUUUGUGCCUGUCAAUCAAGAGUAA